AUGAUUUCUGCUAAACCAGAUGAACCAAAGGCUACAACAGAAAAGUUGAAGCUGCUCUUCAUUACCUCAAUCAAAAACCCAGCCGAGGAGCUCAGGAAAGAGAAGAGAAAAGCUGACUAUGAAGCUCGAGAUUCCUGUAAAAGAUCAUUUAGUAAAUCGUUCCAGUCGGCCUCAAGGAAAUCCAGAGAGGAUCAUAGCCGAUCUAAAGCUACUGCAGGGUUUCCUAAGCAUGAUCGAGAUCGACCCCUAUUACAUGAUCGGUCUUGCUUUAAGUGUGGUUCAAAGGAUCAUUUCAUUCGAGAGUGUCCGAUGGUAGCUGAUCAAAACACUAUGCAGAAUACCAGACCGAGUAAUAUGUCAGUACGGGGUAGAUCGCGAAGGCAUUUGAGUAAUGUAAGUGGUAGUCAGAGAGGGACAAAGGACACAGCAGUUCGAUCUGAGGCUCGUGCACCUGCCAGAGCAUAUGCCAUCCGAGCUCGAAAGGAGGCUUCUUCUCCAGAUGUUAUUACUGUCUUCAGUAAGACUCUACCUGUUGAGUCUACUGAGUUUGUAAUUAAAGUAUCAAACCCCCUGGGUCGGUGUGUAUUGGUUGACAAAGUGUGUAAGAAUUGUCCGUUGAUGAUUCGAGAUUUGUGUUUUACGGCUGAUUUGAUGUUGUUGCCAUUUGACGAGUUCGAUAUAAUUUUGGGUAUGGACUGGUUGACUUUACACGAUGCUGUGGUUAACUGCAAAAGGAAGACUAUUGAUUUAAGAUACCUGAAUGACGAGAUUAUUCGGAUUGAAUCUAAUGAUCUGAAUGGGUUAUCGGCAGUGAUAUCCUCUAUGUUGGCUCAGAAGUAUAAUUACCGGGUUUACCACCUAUUCGAGAAGUAG